AUGUAUGAGCAUGCUUGUCUUCUUGUUAAAGCGAAUGGCCUUGAGGGCAUUGUUGAAGUCAUUGAAGGCUCCAUGGAAGAUGUUACUCUUCCAGAAAAAGUUGAUGUUAUUAUAUCAGAGUGGAUGGGGUACUUCCUACUGCGUGAGUCCAUGUCUGAUUCUGUGAUAUGCGCUCGAGAUCGAUGGCUAAAGCCAACAGGAGUUAUGCAAGUCAUAAAUGCCUUUAACUUCCAUUGGUCUUUAAAGAAUAUUAAGUCCACAUUUCUAGUUUACGUCAUCCCAAUAUUGCGUGCCACUUUAAAUGUAGGAUUUGCACCUAGGAGAUGCACUACCUAUGAAUGUGGUGUACCUUGUGCUAAGUGGUUCACUUUGCCUCCUAUCUUGAGCGUUAAUCUAACAUUGAGUGCUUUCAUGUCUCCAGAAAUAAUAAUUGGUUCGGAUUUUAGAUUGAUUAUAAAUGAAUUCAAAGAGGAAUUCAUAGGAACUGCUGCUAUUGUCAAGGAGAUUGAUUGUUUGAUGUCCACAGAAAGACGUGAAAGCCCAGCGACAAGUGAGAUCGAGCUGACAACUGCCCCUAGUGUUCAAAAUGGUACGCAUUGGGGAGACAGGCCAGCUUUAGUGGUUCUUAAGAUAAGCUUAGUUGCACAAGGUAGCGGGAAACUUGAAUAA